AUGAACGAACACCCGUCUCCGCACUCUCCACACGACUCUGAAUUCCCAACAGCCAUGAACGAAGACGAACGAGACGCUCAAGCAUACAAUCCCUUCAACCCGUCAUCACAAUCGCAAGCAUCCUACAUCUCUCCCGCACUCCCCGCGCACACUAUCCUCCGCCGGAUCCAAUGCGCCCGCUGCUCAUGCCCCCUCCGCACGCCUCUCCGCCUGCCAUGCGGGAAUGCACUAUGCCGGGAGUGUCUGCCACCCGUCCAGCCACGGGUGGGAAUCACCUAUCCUGCAGGCGAGGGACGGAAAUAUCGGUUUAAUUGUCCGUGGGAAAAGAACGAGUCGUGUGUGGGGGAACAUUGUGUGGCUGAUUGUGGAGUCGAUGUGUUGUUGACGAGGUUGGUGGAGGUUAUUGAGGAGGCUUUGAGUGGGAAUACAUCUGGCGCUGGGUACGGGGAUGGGGACAGUGUCCUGGAUCUAACCUGGGCAAAUCCAAAUGACUUGGAGGAAACAUGGAAAACGGCGACUUUGGAUGGCGGAGCGCUGAGGGGCGUUUACGGGUUGAUCAAAGAGGGACGGUUGGACUAUGAUGCGUCGGAUGUUGUUUAUCAGAGGAGGGAUGGUGUGGUCGAGACAUCCAUUGAUGCUGUCCUGCUUACGCGACUAAAGCAGGCUAUCCGCGAUGAGCUGGAUUGCCAGGUCUGCUACUCGCUCAUCUCAGAUCCCCUAACGACCCCCUGCGGCCAUACAUUCUGUCGCAAAUGCGUUGGGCUAGUCUUGAACCAUUCAGACCUAUGUCCUGUUUGUCGGCGAAAGCUCAAUAUGCCCUCGACCAUUCAAGCUGAACCUAUUAACGCCCGUGUCGCGGGACUAAUGGAAUGUUUAUUCCCAGAUCAAGUUUCCGCGCGUCGAGAAUCCAUCGCGCACGAUGAAGCAAGUCUCGACGAUGAGCAAACCAUCCCUCUCUUCAUGAGCUCAGUAGCGUUUCCAACUAUGCCAAUCUUUCUACAUAUUUUUGAGCCCCGAUAUCGGAUUAUGAUCCGUCGAGUCAUGGAUAGCCGAGAACACAAGUUUGGUAUGGUUGCGUAUAACCGUGCGCGGCGAAGGCAGGGUGGCCUAGGAAGGACGCAAUUUAUGCAGUACGGCACACUUAUGCUAGUGGAUCGCUAUGAGCCGCUUCCUGAUGGCAGGAGUCUGGUGAUUGCGACUGGAGUUUCCCGGUUUAAGGUCACCAAGGCAGAUAUGCUGGACGGGUACCAUGUUGGGCAAAUUGAGAGGCUCGGUGAUGUUCCUAUCACAGUUGAGGAAAGCAAUGAAGCCGCAGAGACUGCUGUGUUUGCGGAGACAUUGCCGCCAUCAUCUCAAGAGCCCCAGCAGCAGACGCAACAACCACUCGAAUCCAUGUCGACGCAGAAAUUAUUAGAUAUGGCGUUAGAUUUUGUUCGCGCACAGCAUAGAGUCGGAGCGCCAUGGUUGCAUCCCCGGGCUUUAAUGGCGUACGGCAACGAACCAACCGAUCCAUCCCGGUUCCCUUGGUGGUUCGCGAGCAUCCUUCACGUUUCCGAAGAAGAGAAAUACGGCCUCUUAUGCGCAACAAGCGUGCGGGAACGGUUGAAGAUCAGUGCGCGGUGGGUCAAGAAGCUUGAAUCUAGAGAACGAUCAAAUCGCCCAUUAAUCAUGUCUGUCUUAUGA